AUGCCUUCCCAGAAGCUCCUCAUUACCGGCGCAACAGGCUACAUUGGCGGCACUGUGCUAACCCAGUUGCUGAACUCGACGGUUCCGGAGGCAAAAUCCCUCUCUUUCAGCGCCCUGGUUCGGCAUCAAAGCCAAGCCGGCAUCUUCGCUGAGAAGGACAUCCAACCAAUCUUGUUCAGCGGCUUGGAUGACACCGCAAUGCUUCGACAAGCAGCGGCUGACCACGAUGUCAUCAUCCAUAUCGCCAACAGCUUUCACAAAGCUUCGGCAGAGGCUAUGCUGCAGGGUCUACAUGACAGAAAGGUCAAGACAGGAAAGACUGGUAUAUUCAUCCACACUUCCGGAACCAGCAAUGUUGCUGACUUCCCCAUCACGAAGAAGUAUCGUGGAACUCGAGUCUUCUCCGACAAAGAAGAUAUCUUCAGCCACGAGAAGUCCCUGGACCUCCAAGAACCCUAUCAAAAUCGUUCAGUUGACAUCUUCGUCGCUGAGACUGGCAAGCGAUUGGGAGUAGACACGUACUCCAUCUGGCCGCCUCUCGUUUUCGGCAUCGGGACUGGCUUCUUUAGGACGCUUUCCAAUGGCCAGCUGCCCAUGCUUAUGCGCUUGGCCCUGUCCAACGGAGAAUCUCAGUAUGUUGGUAGAGGCGCCGGUCGAUGGAGUCAUGUUCAUGUGGAAGAUCUGGCCGCGCUCUAUGAGACUGUCGUUGCCAGAGCCAUUGCCGGGGAUAUUUCCCCUCAAGACCGAGCCAUCUUUUUUGCCGAGACUGGGAGCAGUAGCUUCGCCGAAAUGGCUGACGACAUCGGAAGAGCCGGACUGAAGCUGGGAGUGCUCCAAAAUGCCAAGGCCUCGUCAAUGUCACUCGAAAGCAUUGCCCGUGAUCAGUUUCACGGGGAUAUGAACUGGGCCGAGAUUGUCUUUGGUUCAGAAUCGUUGGUAUCUGCGAAUCUCUCAAGGGAGAUUGGAUGGAAGCCGAAGAAGAUGGCGGUGGAUUGGGAGGCAACAUUCAUCGACGAAUUUCGGUUGGUGCUUGGCGAAGCAAAGGGAGUAAACAAAACCAAUUAA